GGUGUUGCCAUGGCGAUGGGCCGCGGCUGGGUCCUGCGGCAGCACUGGGCGGGCGCGGGCUCCGACAUGCGGGCCAGUGUGUUGUGCUGUGGCAUGUAAAACCGAUGAGUGCAAGAUGAGUAUACUCUUUAGCAAAGUAGAAAAACUCCAUAACUGCAGCAAAUGUUCAGUGGGUUUAAUUAUUGUUUCUUUUAUGUUGUAGCUUUUAAAGUGCUGGUUUCUCAGUGAUUUGUGAAGACUGUUCUCUUUUCUGUUUAGCCUGAUUCAUUCAGCAAUGCCUUAGUUUGGUGUUUCAUUGUGGGUUUGUUUGACAGCAAAACAACUCAUUUGUCUCGAAUGCUGGAUUUACAAAGGGAACUGAGUAGGCAAUGCAUACCGAAUUGGAAAGCAAAACCCAAACAACAGAAACUCCAUUGGUUCAUCUACUGUUGAAAGUGUGAAUAGCUAAUGGUGGGGUGGUGGAAUCUGACAAUUUGAGGAUGUUGUUGCACAUUCCUUCUCUAUUGUGUAGAAACCCCAAACAUUGGAUACCUAAAUCUCCAAAACUACAAUGUAGGUGAGUGACCAGCAUUCAUGUGCAAUUCUUUUCUUUCCUCAGGAAGUCCUGACAUCAAAAAUACUUUGAUUCUUAGAAAACUGAAAUUUCUAAUGGCAAUAGUAGGCCUGGUGAAAGAGAGAAACUUGUCAAGCCUGGUCAGAGACUUAGUGUGGGGAUAAAUAGGUUGUGGUAGUGGAGUCAUGAAGGCUUAAUGGACUGUAAGAUAUUAUUACCUAAUGGCAUAUUGGGCUGCAUUAGUAGGAGUGUUGCCAGCAGGUUUAGGGAAGUGAUUAUUCCCCUCUAUUCAGCACUGGUGAGGCCACACCUGGAGUACCGUAUUCAGUUUUGGGCCCCCCUCUACAGCAGGGAUGUAGAUGAAUUGGAGAGAGUCUUGCAGAGGGCGAUGAAAAUAGUGAGGGCUGGGUCACCUGAUUUAUGUGGAGAGUCUGAGGGAACUGGGCUUAUGUAGUCUGGAGAAAAGAGACUGGAGGGGGAAUUUAAUGGUAUUCAACUACCUGGAGGUGGGGUUCCAAGGAGGAUGGAGAUAACUGAACAAGAAGCAAUGGUCUCCCGUUGCAGCAAGUGAAGUUUAGGGUAGAUAUUGAGAAGAACGUUCUCACUAGGAGGGUAGUAAAACACUGGAACAGUUUACCCAGGGAGGUUGUGGACUGUCCAUCUUUGAAGAUUUUUAAGACCCAGCUAGACAAAGCCUUGGCAGGGAUGAUCUAGUUGGGGCUGGUCCUGCUUUUGAACAGAGGGUUGGACUAGAUGACCUCCUGAGGUCUCUGCAACCUGAAUUUUCUGUGGUUCUACCAUUAACAAAGACCUGUGGAAGAGGAGGAAAACAAGUUUCAAUGAAGUAAGACAAUUUAUUUUGAGCAAAUUCGUACCUUCUAUGACCAUCAUUUUGACUGUUUCCUUGUUUAGUACAAACAGAUUAGGAUCAGAUGUCUGGGAUUUUUCAAGGAAUUGAAGGAGUUAGAUGCCUGACUUUGAUUAAAAUUAUAUGUCUCCUUGGGCUCUGAAACUCCUCCUAAAAUUGUAUAACUCCUUGAAUAAUCCCAUGUUUAAGGGUCAGUCUAAUUUUGGGACUGAUUGGGAUAUAGCUUACUCUUUCUAACCUUCAAAAUAGUUUUUAAUUUUAAAAAUAAUUUUAUUUUAAAGUUUUGCUCUUGAAUUAUUUCUUGAUUAAAAAUAUUUUAGUUGUUUUCUCCUUUUCUCUCAUGCAUCUUCAGGACAAUUGAUUUUUAGCAGCUAGUAAUCCCAGUAAAUAUCUGGAAGCAAGCGCUGGUAGUAAAACACUUUUGGUACUUGAAUCAUAAGAAAAGAACUAAGGAGAGGUGAACUUAAUUGUCUAGGAAUAUUGGUUUAACUAUAAACUUUGAAAUUUGAGGUGAAGCAAAUUCAAGAGUGAUUUUAAUGGUUGCCUGAUUGUGUGUGGAGUUUCCAGAUGUGAGAUGCAUCUUGUGGGUAUAUCUGAAGGACCAUUUAGGAAGAUACGCAUAGGUCUCUCAACUCAUGUUGGUCUGUAAUUUUAUCUAUUUAAAUAUUUAUUUAGCCCUUCCUUUCUCUGUCUUGUUCCAGCUGUCAUUCUGGAAGGUGCACGUUUGACUUGUGUGAAGUCCUCUGUGCAUUUCUUGCAAUAGUUUAUCCCUGAUCCUCUUUCCUUCUUUCAUUUGUUCUGGAUCAUUACCCAAAGAGGCCUCUGAGGUGGAAUAUGGUUAAAGGUGCAGUACAUUUUUGGCAAUGCGAAGGAAGGAAGAAAGAAAGUAAGAGGUCAGGAACCUUCACUGCUGUGCCUUUGAAAAUGCCUGGUACCCAAAAUGUGCAUAUUCAAAGACAAUGUCACAAAUCUUCUGCAGCUUCAACAUCUUGUCUGUGCAUUGAGAGUAUGCCAUCUGAGAUACUGUUGAAAAUACUUUCUUAUUUGGAUGCUGUAACCCUGUUGUGUAUCGGAUGUGUGAAUCGGCGCUUUUAUAAUCUGGCCAAUGACAAUGUCAUCUGGUUCAAAAAAUAUUCCAAUUCUUUUCCAUGUAAAAUACUUAAUUGGAAAACUGAGUCUAUAGAAACAACUACUGUCUCACUGAGCCAUGCUACAGUCCAGGAAAGAAAAUUGGGGUACUGGAAAAAGGAAUACAUUAUGAAACACAAAGCAGUUACCAAAACCGGAAUAAUUCAACUUCUCAGACCUAUAAACCUUUACACUGGCCUUCCUCUUAAAACCAAGGAAGCUAUAAAAGCAUCUAAUUUGAGCUGGGUGGUCAUACUGAAGGACAGAAAGGGAAAGGAGCAUGUAGUGGAGCAGGUGGACAUUACUUUUAAUGACACGUCUGUUACUGUAUAUUGGUAUGGUACCAGUUGGCCAUGUUUAGACACUUUGUCAACUCUGGAAUUAUGUGGCAUGACACCAUUGCUGCUCAACCGAUGCAAGGUUCCAACCAAGAAUGGACCUCGGUGGUGUUCCUUAAUUGCUGAGUAUGAUCUUACUAACUUGACUAAAGCCCCUACAGUGAUUGGUUCGGACAGUCUUGUUCAGCUUCUACAUCUGGAUCCAGGGCUUCUAAUGGGACUGUGGAAGGAAGGGAAUGAGAUUGCUUUUAUUGUGGCAAGUCUUCAUUAUCACCAAAUUAUUGAGAAAAGCACACUGGGCUCUUCCACUAUCCGAUAUGUCCUGCCUACUCAUAAACCUAUACUGGAUGAUGUUGACCCAGAGUAUGGACUGCAUGGCUACCAACUACACAUUGACAUGCACAGUGGUGGGCGUUCUUAUCUGUGUUCUACAUUUCGCAAUCUGUUCUGCAGAAAAGAUUACAUUCAAAAUGGAUAUUUGAAGAUUAUAGUUAUAGGUUUAAAAGAUAAUGCACAACACUUACCUCUGAUUGGGAAAGUUGGAUUUUUCUGGAAAACAUCUGUACUUGAAGGCAAUAUAAAGAACUGUUACAUGAUGGAUAUCACCGUCUUGGAUGAAACUGAAAAACCCUUCUGGUGCUUCAGUGCCCCAGUCUACAUGAAACUGUCUUCUAAGACAUCUGGCCUUUAUGACUACAUGGGGCACAUCUAUGACAUAAACUAUGUGGAUUCAGAUGGAAAAGUGCACAUUGAGCUUGUGUGGAUGGAUAAUGCCAAGGAAUAUUAUAUAGUGAAUCUAAUCCUUUACAUAAGCACCAAAAAAGUUAACAGCUGGUAUGGAACAAACUACAGAUACUAAUAAUUUCUGCAGAUAACUUUUUUAAAAAAAUGUCCUGCAGAUAACUAAUUUAUUUUUUUGAUAAUUAAAAGUUCAAAUGAUUCUCUAAUCCAGAUGUUACAAGUUGCUUUAUGCUCUUUUUUUCUGAAAAUUACUAAAUUGAAUCAUAGUUUCUCUUGUAACUGUACCAUAGAUACUUAAUAUCUGUGCCAGUAACUAGGUAUGAUGGGAGGGAAGAAAAAAAGGAAAAAGAUCAAUAUCACUUUUAUACCUUACCUUCUGAGAUGGUGAAGAGUGACAUUCUGUUUCUGGGUGUGGAUUCAUAUUUGGAGCCAUUUAAAAAGGGCAGCAGCUAUCACAUUUUAGUUGCAUGUGAACAUAAUACAAUGAUAUAAUUGUAGCAAAACCACUCAACUUCUAUCCCGGAUGAAGCAGCAUUUAAGUUGGAAUGGUUUUCUUAUAUUUGUUUUGUUCUCAGAUGGUUUAUACAGGAUUAGAAUGCAACUGCUGUCCUCUUGAAGCUUUCCCCUUUUGAAAUUGUUCUAAAUGUGCACUAUUAAUUUGUGGAUAUAUGUAAAUAAAACAUUAUUAUCACCACUCUGAUCUACACAGUUCCUGAAAGCUAAAAUCUGCUUUGAAAAACCACAGCCUUAAAGUUUCAGUGACAAGGCAGCACAGCUUUAGUGUUGACUGUGCCUCUGUGCUGUUCUCUUACAGAUCGCGGAGGAUACUUUUGAAGAAUGAGCAAAUUUAGGUAGAGGUUUUUUUGGGUUUUUUUCUAAUUCCAGGGAAUUUUAUUCAGGUUUUAAAAGAUUUUUAGAUUACAAAACAGAGAUGAAAGAUGCAUGGUUUAAGGUAAUUCACAAGGGGAAGAGUUCUACCAAUACAAUUGUAUACAAUUAAAACUGAUGGUUUACAGUGCUGUUAGCUCAGGGAAAAUGCAUUUAAUUUUAACUUUUGUUUAUAUAUUCCAGCAAACACUUUCAAAUAUGGGAGCCUAGAAUUAUGCACUGAAAUCCACAUACCAGCCAUUAAAUAAAUGUUCUGAUUUUGAGGCAUUUGUCUUCACCAGCUCCCAUUGGUAUACUUAACAGUCCAUAACUUUUGUAGAAACUGUGAUUCUUGUUAUUUAACUGUAGAAACUCAGUUUUUGAAAAUUUAGGUUUGUAUGCUUAAUCUUUCACUCAGGAUAGUCGGUGGUAAAUUUAGAGUAUAAUUCUGUUCUUAUUUGAAAUCUGCUGGAUGUGAGCCAGAGUAAAGAUUGCAGCAUUGACACACUGUCAUUUUAUUAUGUGGGUAACAUUAGCAUAUUGUAUGUCAUAUAAAUGAGCAGUAAGUUUGAGGUUUCUCCUCUUCAUUGUGGAGGAGGAAGUCUGAGUAUAAUAUCUGGCUUCUUGUUAAUUAAAUAUUUUCUUUAAAAUGUAUUCUUUCUGUAUAUAGAUUUGUAUUGGUUUGCAUGAGCCAACUUUUAUUUAAACAGUGGCUGAGCUUAAGUAUUUGUUCUGCAGAUACAGAGACUCCUUUUGUCAACAUAUUUUUUGUUUUCUGGGUUGUUUUCUUUUUUUUGAAAUGUAGUUAUUGUUUGAACUCAAAGAGAAUAAACUAUAGUUGAUUCUGUUGACAAAUAAA